UUAGUACAUAAAAUUCUUUUAUUUAAAAAAAAAGCUAAUUCAAUUAAUUAUCGUCAUGGCGUCGUCUACUGCUGCAAUCUCUGGCUCAAUCUCCUCUCAUUCUCUCCUCCACCGAGAUCCCAAAGCAGCGCAAAUUGGUAAUUUGGUCACGAGAGUCCAAUUUAAAGAGACCAAUUUGAAGAAGAAAUGGGCGGUUCACGCGGUGGAGCCCACGAGAAGGACCGAGUCGAUGGUUACCGCNGAGGAGGAGGAGGAGGAGGAGGAUUAUGAGAAGCUGGCGGCGGAGCUCGAAGAUGCUUCGCCCCUCGAGAUUAUGGAUCGGGCACUCGGGAAAUUUGGGGAUGACAUUGCAAUUGCAUUCAGUGGAGCAGAGGAUGUCGCAUUGAUAGAAUACGCUCGCUUGACCGGCCGGCCCUUCAGAGUCUUCAGCCUCGACACCGGUCGCCUGAACCCUGAGACAUACAGAUACUUCGACGAGAUCGAAAAGCACUACAACAUCCACAUUGAAUACAUGUUUCCGGAUGCAGUCGAGGUGCAAAACCUCGUCAGAACCAAAGGCCUCUUCUCCUUCUAUGACGACGGCCACCAAGAAUGCUGCGGGGUCCGCAAGGUCCGCCCAUUGAGGCGAGCCCUCAAAGGCCUUAGAGCCUGGAUCACCGGGCAACGAAAGGACCAGUCACCUGGAACCAGGGCCCACAUCCCUGUUGUCCAAAUCGACCCUUCGUUCGAAGGGGUCGACGGUGGAGCUGGAAGCUUGGUUAAGUGGAACCCUGUGGCGAACGUCGACGGGAGUGACAUCUGGAAUUUCCUCAGAACGAUGGGUGUUCCAGUGAACUCUCUGCAUUCAAAAGGGUAUGUGUCAAUUGGUUGUGAGCCGUGCACGAGACCAGUGUUGCCAGGGCAGCACGAACGAGAGGGGAGGUGGUGGUGGGAGGAUGCGACGGCGAAGGAGUGCGGGCUGCACAAGGGUAACAUCUCUGGAAAUGAAUCGAAUUCGAAGGGUGUCAACGGUGUUUCCACUCUCAAUACAGUGAACGGAACAUCUGACAUAUUUAAGACUCAGGCUAUCAUUAACCUCUCGAGGCCAGGGAUCGAGAAUUUGCUGAGGAUGGAGAAGAGGACGGAGCCGUGGCUAGUUGUGCUCUACGCUCCCUGGUGUCGAUUUUGUCAGGCGAUGGAGGGUUCGUACAUGGAGUUGGCUGAGAGGUUAUCAGGAUCAGGUGUUAAAGUUGCAAAGUUCAGGGCGGACGGUGAUCAGAAACUGUUCGCUCAGCGAGAACUGCAGCUGGGGAGUUUCCCGACGAUACUGUUCUUUCCUAAGUGUGGCUCUAGACCGGUGAAGUAUCCCUCGGAGAAGAGGGAUGUUGAUUCUCUGCUAGCUUUCAUCAAUGCGCUCCGAUGAACUUUUGUGAAAUAUUGUAGUACAUGAUGAGAGUUCCCCUGUGUACUUCAUUUCAAUCUGUUACAAGUUUUGUCCUUCUUUCAUUAGUGUGAUAUAUCAGUGAGUGAUCUUUGGCUGCA